AUGUCGUCCCAACACAAGUUUGAGGUGGAAUACGCCAAAUCUGCCCGGGCCGGGUGCAAGCACUGCAAGGGCAAGAUCGACAAAGACUACCUCCGGAUCGGCCACUCCCAGGAUAUCCCAGCGGGGGACGACGGGGUUAAGAAUUACGCCAUGAUGGGCACGAAAUGGUACGAAUAUUCUUGAUCCUGGUCACGAUAAGCCCCUGCGCAUGACAAACUCUCCUCCUCGCGCGGCUGCAGCAUGAGGAAUUUACUCGCCUCGCAAGGAGGUCGUGAACGUGAUCGCCUCCGCAUCAAAACAAACGCGACCGCGCGCCCGCUGCUUCACUCGUUGCCACAGCCCGCGCGCCCGCGCUUGCAUUUCUUGCAAAACAGCUUUACGUCGACCAUGGUAGAUCGUGGUAGAAGUCCACAAGUUGUACAUGAUUUAAUCAUUUGCCGCGCAUGAUUAUGUCCAGUAUGGUCGGUUGUUCUUAUGCACACAACCUGGAUUUUAUUCGCAUGAACAUGAUGAGAUGAAACUACUAUGCUCGUGACAACUACUUGUGCAAAAAUGCAUUCAAAAUCAUCAGGUACCACUGGGAUUGCUUCCCAAAGUUCAAGGGCCAAAAGUUAUCAAAUGCAAAUAUGUCUGGGUCUGGAAGGUUGGAAAACUUGUCAUGCAGGUUGUCCAUGACACGUGAGGUCUGUCAUACAUGACCCGGCAUGACAGAUUCUGUCUCUGCAUGAGAAACUCCCUCUCAGCUUGGUUUGGUCAAAAGGGGACAGCCUCUGGCAAUCAUGCAACACAGAUUUUUGCACUAUCCAGAAUUAGCAUGACAAGUUCCAACUUUCCAGACCCCGACAUAUUUGCGAUGCACAAAAGUGGUUUCAGAACAACCUUUGCGCCGUCGACGACAUCAAGGGGCUACAAGCACUCAAGUAUCCUGUGCAAAAGUAUCGUAUUCGUAUUGCAAUCAUGCAUUACAAACUUUUUUCUCAAGGUAAAUCCGCAUUACAAAUUUCAUUUCUCAUGCUGAGGGAAUUUGUCAUGCAUUUAUACGAGUACGAUACUUUUGCAGUUCAUAUCAAGCCGGAAGACGCGAAAAAGAUCACGGACAUGUGGGCACUGUUGAAGGCGGGUGGGAAGUUGGAAAACAUCCCCAGUCCGGCGAAAGGCGGCGCGAGUAGCAGUGGCGCAGCUCCUGCAGGGGGAGUAAACCCACCAGCAGCUAUCAACUGCAAAUAUGUCUGGGUCUGGAAUGUUGCCGGGUUUGUCAUGCAUAUUUUGCAUGACCCAGGAACAGGAUGUCUGUAAUGCAUGACCUAGCAUCAAAGAUUUUUAGAGCGCUUCCUGAUGCCUAUACCGCAUGACAAAUGCCCUCCCCGCGUACCGCGAACUAGACUCCUCUUGCUGAUCGUGCAAUACAGAUUUUUUUAGAGUCCAAAGUUAGCAUCACAAGCUCCAACCUUCCAGACCCAGACACUUUUGCAUUUGAUAGCAGCGGGAGGAGUGAAGCGACCAGCGGAGCAAUCCCUUGCUGAGUUGAUCGAGGUAUUGUAAGGAAAAAUCCCCCCUCCCCAUAUCGAAAAGGAGGGGGCCACAGAAAAUUUGCAAUGCUGAUUUGUGACCACAAAUCGUCUCUGUCUUGCAAGAAGGCAACCCCACAGGCUGCGCCGGUUUGUGAUGCGUGCGGUUUGUGAUGCUGUUGGGCCUACACUUUGGACAUUUGUAACGCUAGGGCUGCCCUCUGUCAGAACCUCGCUGCCCAGGGUUGGCAUUAUAUGCCUGCAGUCCUCUACUGCAAGACAAAUCUGAUUUGUGUACGCAAAUCCAGCAUCAGAAGUUUCUGCCUUUGAUGUGGGGAGGCGGGAUUUUUCAUUUUGAUACGAGGUCCAGGGCGUUUUGUCCGAUGCGGAGUUUGCGGCGAUCAAAAUCGUGAAAGAAGAGAUCCGAAAGAAGACCGUUGCGCAACUAGGCGCUAUGCUCGCGACCAACAAACUCGCGAAGUCGGGGCCAAAACAGGAAUUAAUCGAUCGGGUAGCGGAGGGGAGGGUGUUAGGGGUGUUGCCGAAGUGCUUUGUGUGUGAGAAGGGGAGCUUGAAGUGGUCAAGGACGGAUGGGAGCAUACGGUGUGCGGGUAUGUAUAAUUCAUAGUACUUUGCGCAUGGGUUGUAGAGGUGCUUUUUGUCAUGCGAAUUGUGCAUGUUGUUCAUCAUGAUAAGUGAAACUACUCGUGCAUCUCAUGCAUUACAAACUUCAGGUUUCUUCGACGAGGCAGCUGGCCGGAUGACGCGAUGCAAGGGUCCGCCAAAGGACGAGAAGAUCGAGCGGUUGGCGUGGAAAAUGGACUGAAGUUGAAAUAUCAAAAUCGUUGACAAGACUACAACAGUACUCACUCGCUUUUUGUUUUUCUACGCGACGCCUAGGCUUCACAGAAACAAGGCUUUCCAAAAGACAAUGCGAUCUCGAUGUUCUGAAGAAAAAGUCAAUAAAAUCCAGAAAAGAUGAAACACACACAGCAAGAAGCUCUUCUUGCUAGAGCACCAAAUUCAAAUGAGC